AUGUAUCAUUCAAAGAAGAUUGUACAAGAAUAUGUUACUUGUUCUGAGGGGAAUACCUUUAUAAUUUAUUCACAGAAUUUAUUAAGUAGCGAAAGUAAAAUAAAAAUUGAUUCUACUUCUAUUGUAAUGGAAAAUAAUAAUACUAAAAAUUACAACAAUGAAAAUGAGAUAUUACUUUUUUUACAUGGAUUAAAUGGGAGUAGUUAUCAGUUUGAAAAUUUAUUUUCCCAUUUAAUCCAUUCUAAUUAUAAAUUUAUGUCAUUAGAUUUAUACGGUCACGGAAAAAGUACCUUGUUAAAAAACUUAAAUAAAUAUACAGAAAAAUUAUAUAUCGAACAAAUUUAUGAUGUUUUGAAAAAAAAAAAUAUUUUUAAUUCUAAUUUUGUUAUCAUUGGUUUUUCUAUGGGAUGUAUUAUUGCUGCCCAUUUAUCAAUUGAUAAUAAAAUAAAAAUAAAAAAGUUAUGUUUAAUUAGUGCUGCAGGAUUAGCUAAACCUAAACAUCGAUUUUUACAAUUCUUAUUAAAACAUAACAUACGCUUUUGUUUAAGAGUAGCAAAAAAAUAUAGCCAUUUAAUUGUCUCUGAGGAUUCAAUAAAAAGUGAAUAUUUUGAUUACCAUAAUAAUAUAGAAGAUGUAAAUAAAAGAUACUUAAUUCUUAAAGAAAAUCAUGAAAAAUUCAUGGAGACAUUUUUAAAAGUAAUAACAGGAACAAAAAUACAAAAUUCUAAAAAGUAUUAUUCAGCUUUUCUAAAAAAAAAUCAUGAAGUUCUUUUCAUAUAUGGCAAAGAUGAUAAUAUAACUCCAUGCAUCUAUACAUUAAAAUUUUUAGAAAAACAUGAGAAAUACUUAAAUAAUGUUAAAGUGGCAAUUUUUCCUGAAUGUUCCCAUCUUGUUUUAAGUGAAAAAUGUAAUGAAUUAAUUAAGCAUUUAAUUUAUUUUUUACAAAAUAAAUAA